AUGGCGGACCCCGGCUUCUUCUCCUUCUUCCACAAACCCUCCCACCCUCCCUCCUCGAGUGAGCACCACCACAUCAUGCAGAACCCCCCCAUGGAGUCCUCUAGAAUGUUCUCCUGCCUGUACUGCUCCAGGAAGUUCUGCACCUCCCAGGCCCUCGGCGGCCACCAGAACGCCCACAAGAAGGAGAGGGCGGCAGCAAGGAGGAGCCUCGCCUCCCCGCCGCCGCAGUCGACGGCGGCGCUUCCGUACGCCCACCACCUCCCCCACCUCUCGUUGAGCCACCACCAGCAAUGGAGCCAGGCCCACCAACAAGAGCAGUCUCAGGAGGGCGACUAUGUAAACCUUGACCUCUCUUUGCACCUAUAG